AUGUCCUCCCUGGCGCAACCAGCUCCAGGUGACAUCACCAUCGAGGACCUUAAGAAGCUGACCACGCACCCCCAUGUCUCCUCCAAAAACCCAGAAGACGUCGUUGCCUCUCGCUACCUGCAACGCCUCGGCAACACCCUGGUGCGACGUACCCGCCAAGCUCUCAUGGAAAGAGACACUCUGUCGAGUCCAGCGUCUUUUUCUAAGACGAGGUACGCGAGCUCCAGGCCGACAAGCGCGUUGGCCUCCUCCCUGGCCGCUAUCCCCGACGUACCUCCCGCGGCACCGUACGCGCUGCAGCAACAACAGCACACCCGCGGCGAAGAUGGUGCUUCCGCGACGCGGCGCUGGCGUAGUCAGGUGCCGCUGCUGAAGGAUGACAUGGCGGCGUCAACCAGCACCACUCCACCAGUCCUGUGCCCGUCCGAGCUGACGCCGGCACCGUUCACGAGGGCAAGCAGCGGGGUCGCCGUUCGCGCCGCGUCUUCGCCCCGACUUACACCGGAUAUGUCACCCCAAUUUGAAGGACGCCGCGCGGCACCACAGGACGCAAAGCAGGCGAGCAAGCCGCAUCGACGUCGUCUUAGCAGUCAAAGUGCCGAGCAGAGCGUAACAUCGACUGGAACGAACGCGUCGGACAGAUCCCGUGAGCGGAUAAAGUCGUACGCGCCAGGCGGUCAGCUCAGCCACGACGAUACACGUACAGCCAGUUCGACGAAGAUGGGGGCGAAGCGCGCGGAACGAAGUCGCACACCAAGAGGAGGUAUCGUCUCCCACUCGCAGCUGCACACUCCGGCGAGUAAAUACUACGAGGGAACGACAGAUGCAUACAAGGAAGCGGUCUUUCGGGCAAACGCGGCGGUGAAUCAUGCUACUGCUCUUAUGGCCUCCGGCGCACCGCCAGCACGCAAACUGCGCACAGCGGAGGAGCGUAGCGCGCUCGUCCUUGCACAGGAGCACGCAAAACUGAUGUUGCUUGUUGGUCGCCGCGCUAACCUGGAGGAUGAGAUCGAAGACGCACUGGAACUCGCAGAGGCCUACGAGCUGGACAAGUCGCUUCGCACGCGCCGGUCGAGCACGGCGAGCACCGCCACGACCGCGACAUUAUCGAGGGGCGCGGCUACCCCGUUGCGUAACGCACGAACUCCGCGGAAGCGCCGUGGCAGCGAGCACAGCAAGGCAGAUGUCGAUGUGCAGCUCUCCAUCGAGCCCGGUGCGGUGCGGCGCCGCAUGCGGCAGCUUCUCUCGAACCUGUUUGGCAACGGCGUUUUCGGCAGCACAGGUGGCGGGACCACCUUGAGCAGUGACAACUUGACCCGACUGGUGCAGCAGUUACAGGCGCAGUUGGACUCCGUGGAGGGCGAGCUGGCAAACAGGUUUGAGUCAGACGAGGACGAGUUUGAAAAAUCGGACACGAAUUUCACGACCAUGUUCGAGGGAACGAGGCGUAUGCGGUCCUCCUCCACGGCGUAUAACUCAUCGGCGGCGAUGCUGGCCGCAAGGCCGACGCUGAAACCGCUCCAGCGCCGCAAGCGAGUUCAGCAGAAGAAACAGGCCGAUCUGCGUGAGGUAUCGUCGAAUCAGGAGCGCAUGGAGUGGCUGAUGGAGAGCGUCGACGCGGAGCUCUUGACCGAUGUGACGGCGGAGCAGUAUGCGACAGACGUGGCGGAAUCGCCCUUCUCCGACCCUCUGCUACCCGCUGCCCUUCAAGACAAUGCGCGAAUGAUGGCGGCAUGUAAGUCUAUUUUGCAAGCGAUGCGUAACAAGUCCGACGCAGCCGACGGCGGCACAGCCCCUGCGCCAGCGUUCUCGCCUAAAUCAAGAGAUCUCGACACUACGGUGGAUUCCGUCUUGUCGCCGUCGUACACCGGUACGGUGAGUCAGCCCAGCUUGGUGCCGUUCUCUCUCUCCGGCACCAUAUUGGGUGACGGCACUUCCACAAUGCAGAGCGGCAGCGCGCAGGACCGCGCCAAAGGGGACUCGGAUGGCGGUCUGAGCUCCCCUGUGUAUGGUCUGAAGCUACUCGGCUUCAUGAUUGACGUCCUCGCACAGUACGAACUCGACCUAGAGGGCGAGACGGGCAAUAGGCGUCGGAAGAAGCGGCCGUGUACGGCGCCGUCGAAGAGCGCGUCUUUCAUGUCUCGACCGCUUCUGUACCGCGACGCCUUUUCGAAAGAUGAUGAGGACGACGAUCUUGACAGCGGAGAAGAGGACGGUGGCAGACACGGUGGAGGCAGUGACGGCGUCAGCUCUUCCCGCUCCGCACGCGAAAGGUCCGGCGAGGUGCCUGGGCAGGCUUCGUCCGCGCCGCACGACACUGUCGGUAAACGGCAGCCAGCCUUUGUCGACAACACCGAACCACACCACCCACGCAGCAACGCCGAUGGCACCGCCGCCUCUGCCUCUGCCGCUACCGGAGCAGCGGCGAGCUCGACCGGCAAGGGUGCAACGCUGCUUGGAGCGCAGCUGCGCAAUCUGCGUGCUGGGCUGCUGCAGGAUCUCCACGAGCUGUGCACCUUGUACGACUACAUGCACCUCAUUGACGAGCGUCGACGUGAGCUGGCGCAAGGCGCAGAGGAGCCGGUGAAUAACGACUACGAGGCGGAGUUAGAGCGAAAGCUGGAGGAGCAUCGGAUACAGCAAGAGGCGGCGCAGCGUGCCCGCGAUGAGGCGCAGCGACGCAAAGCGGAGGGCGCGGAGCUGGAUGAUUUUGGGCGGAUCGGUAGUGCUGGUAUGGCUCGACGCGGACAGGGGCGGCCAUCGCAGGCUUCUCUGCGCUCACAAUACGGUGCAGGUAGGUCGCUACCCCUUCAGGAUGGUGUGCGUACUGAUGCAAGCGGCAAGCCAGGCGCUUCGGCUUCAUUGCUCGCGGCGGAAAGGAGGCGAGACCGAGAAGUUGGAAAGGAAACUCUUGCCGUUGAAGAGACCACUGCGCCGGAUGUGGCGGAGGUAGAGACGGAGCUGAUUCGCGAGUGUGUGGGGGACGGUGCGUUGUGCUACACACUUGUUGGCUUCUCUGCACCGACCUGUACCCCAGGUGUUGGCAACGCGGAGGCGGAAGACAAGCCAACGCGCGUGAAAAAGAAGAGAGGCGGCGCCGGCUCCUCCUCCGGUGCAGCGGAAAACUUCCUCCGAUACGAGUUGCGUGUGCAGCGGUCGGCCGCGGCACGGCCAUCUUCUACGAACGCAGGCGAAAACGUCGAUCCUGCGGCGAUAGUCGCCGUUGUGAGGCUCAACCCGCAGCGACUGCUAAACCUGCGGCUGGCUCCCGCUGCAGGUGCAUCGUUUGUGGCCAAAAGCAAGUUUUCCCAAGUCACCGCCGCGGUGGAGUGGGGUGCUCCGCCAACGGCGCUGCUCUCGUUUGUUCCAGUGAAGCGCUACAAGGCGGCGUCGUUCGCGAAGGCCUUCGAGUUUGGCGCGAGUGUGGAGACGACGCAGGAAACAGACGACCUUCGAGAGACCUCCGUCGCGUCUAUGCCCUUCACUUUUCCCUCGCCCGGCGAUGUGAGGCCGCGGUCGGCCUCACUCGACAGCGGUGCGGUGCUUCCGCAGUCUGAAAGCGAAGGUUCCCUUACAAAUUCCGCCGGAGAAUUUCCCGCGAGGGAUUCGCGGACAAAGGCCGGCGGAGAGAGCCGCAGUAAACCCGGCAGUGCUGCUGUACUUCCACGGGACACUUCCCAGGUAGACAACGAAACGAUCGACAGUGCUGCGGCUGACGGGGAGACGGCGACGCGUGCCAGCGUCGUGCCCACAAAGUCGAAGGACGCGAGGAAGACGGUAGAGGGCAGAGCGACUUCAUUACCCAAAAAGAAGCCCUCGGGUGACUUGUCAGCUUCUGCCAAUGCUGCCAUGUCGUCCUCUGCAGAGGAACUGACGAAGUCCGGCCGUCUCCCGCCUAUCCAGAACCAAAAGGCACCGGCUUCUGGCAGCUCCACUCGCCCUCUAGCACCGCCAAGGACAAGCGCGGCGGAGGUGACCAGCCCAGCUGGUGUGCAUCCCGUGAACGCGCCGUCGCGCACUUCUUCUUCAGCGCAACAACCGUUGCCCUCCACACCGCCAAUGCAGGAGACGCCGCGACCCGUGGAGGAGUGGGGGGUUCCCCAUUCCCAUGCUGAAAUGGAAGCGGUGGAGAAGAACGCGGUGGUGCUGACGGUGCUCUCGGGAGCAGCAGCAGAAGGAGAACAGCUCGCCCGGACGUCAUCACGUCCAUCGAAAGGAAGGCUGCCUACCUCCAGGGGCGGGUCUGGUGCAGCGAAGGCGGAGGGCAUCGACGAUGGCUCCACGGUCUCACCAGCCGAAGCACUACUGGCCAUCGUUCCCGAUGAGAAGAGCACGUCCGUGGGCGGCGCUACCGCAAGCGGCGUUCGCGUGGGAAGCGGGGGUGCAGGAACGGAGAAGGGCGGGAGACAGUCGAGCACCCCUUCCACUGCGGCCGCUAUCGAUGCGGUGGCCUCGGAAUUGCUUCGUCAGGUGAUGGAGGCAGAGGGAGGUGAGGGAUAUGCUACGGAAGAAGGUGCGAGUGCCGGCGCCACAUCACCCACCGCACCGGUAAAACCAGCCGCACCUGCGUCGAUUGUGGACCAAGACGCAGCGGGUCUAACUCAGAAACAGCAGAAUGACGACCUGAAUAUGUCGGUGACCCAGAAAAGGCCUGACACACCACUUCGCGGAACUGCGGAGACGUCAGGAAAAGAAACUGGCAUCCGCUCGGAUAUGGCGGGCUCACCGCGUGUAGGGCGGCCAAAUUCCUCUCCUUUAACACGAAGGCAGGCGCCUCACGUAUCACGACCGCAGACUGUUGGCGGCCGUCGACAAGCAGACGGCCGCGUUCUGGAAGGACUGCCGUCCAAAUCGGCUGAACCGCCCAAAGCGGUGAUCGGCAUCAAGGCACCGCCGUCACUGACAAUCACUUCCUCCCAGUCCCCUCCAAUGCGCGCCGAGGAAGCUCAUCAGUACGGCGGAUGUCUCGUUCGAUUAGACAUCUUUCCCCAGGAGGUGGAUGCGACUCGCCAAAGCGAUUCCACUGCUGUGACGACAGCAGAAGACACAGCCGCACCACUCAUUCCGCCGCGUACGACAACUCCCCCGACGGCAGAGCCGCCGCUUCGAGCACAGCUGUCGCGGCCGACGACUGCAACACGUCCCGUCAGUUCCCGAACUGCCGACUCGGCGCACGACCACCCGUCGACGCCCACCGCCGCCGAGAGCUUCGUCCCUUCCUUGCCACCCGUACUGGUGAAGCAAACAGCGGGCAGCUCGAAGGUGCAGGUGCUCCUUCCCCAGGAAGCCGUCACCAGCUCCCUCGGUCCAAGAGUGCGGCCGGCCACCACCUCCGGCGCAGUGCCGCCCAACCGACAGACAAGCGCACUUGAAGGUGUCACCAGCCCUCCUGACGCGACCACCACCGCUACCAACAACCUGGCAGCCACAGAGCGAUCUAUCGCGAAGCAGUUCUCGGUACUACCCAAGACUGGCGCUGCCGGCGAGGCGGCUGCAGAUCAACGCACGGUUACGCAUGUUCAGACCUUCCUGCAGGCCGUUAUGACUCGCCCAGAGUCAAGGAGGACAGGUGCCGCCGGAGGAAAAAGCUUGACCGCCUUUGCUGGCGCGUCGAAACAAAGCGAGGCGUUGCAAAGCAAAUCUGCUGCUGGCCGUGGAGGGGUGAGCACGCUGCGCUCCGAGGUGGAAAUGCUCCAGGAAGAGGCGCGGCUGCUUUUUUUGUCGGAUCCGGUCCGCUACGACGCUGUGGUUUCGGAGCUCAUGCAGCAGGCUACCGAGGAACUGCAGCGUGAACUCGCACCGGACGGGCAGCGGGGAAUUAGCGGCGACGCGCUUGCACCCAUGUCAGUGCGCUCAUCGGGUAGCGGCGCGUUGAGCUUGCCGCCGGUGCUGGUCGCCGCGCACCCGCACGGCCAAGCAGCCGGCACCUCGGAUGAAGCCGAGGCCGCCCUGGGCAACCUGAGCAGUGCCAUUCCACACGCUCACGUGCGAUCCACACCAGGAACUACACGUCAUAGCAGCAGCACUUCCUUUGUUUUCGGUGCAUUCGGGACCGCCCCCUCCUCGGGCACCACACAGGGGCGGGUGCCGUCUUUUCCAUCCCCGCAGACGUUCGCAGGGCGGCGCAGCACGCACGCACUCGUGGCGCAGUCCGGGUCGAACCUGAACUCUGUCGCCGCCGCGCAACGCAAGUCUUGCGCGGAUGCCGUGGCGGAGGUGGAACGUAUUCUCUACGAGCAAAUGAAAGCAAAGCUGCUCCUUCGCGCGAUUAUUGAGAAAAUGCAGGCCCUCUGGAGGGCGAAGCAGCGCAGUGCGGAGGAAAAGAACCGCGGACGCGUGGUGCAGCGCAUGCGGGAGGUGAUGGACCGUGCCCUAGCCGCUUCCUGGCCGAUCGAGCGUCAACGUGUGAUUCACCUUCGCAAGCUGAUUUGCAUCCUCGAUCGGCGUGUGGGUCGCGUCCACGGUUGGCUGCCACACUACUCCGACGCGAACGUACUCAUGACGACGCAGCCCAGCGCGAUGGCCCGCAGCGUCCUUUCCAAAAGCGGCACAAGUGGCAGCGGCACACUUACUGCUGGGCCACUCUCGACGUGGUACCGCAAGACGCACACGGCAGAUCGGGCUGGCGUGGAGGACGACAGCGCUGACGGCACGUGCGCUGACGCGUGCCCGCGUUACAUGCAAUACCUCCCGCAGCGCCGCAUGUACCAUUAUGUGCGACUGGCAAAGGCACGCCGGCUGAUGCCGCUGCGCCUGGUGCGUGCGGAAAUCCACGAGUGCCACAGCCGCCACAUUCUGCUCGGCUAUGAAAGGAUGCCGCUGGAGACGGAGGAGGAGGAGGCGGCGCAUACGCAGGCGGGAUGGCCGAAACGGGACCUCCCCCCGCACGCCCGCCUCGCGAAGCAGCGCCGUGGCGAAUUUGUACCAGACCGCUACGACGACAUGAAAUCUCGCGGGGAACGGGAGCGCUACCGGCGACGAUUGCAAGGCACGGCCGCCUUUCAGGGGGUGUCGAAGAUGUUCUCUCCGCGUACGCGACAAGACGCAGAGCUACCCUACGCGUUGCAUUGA